CCGGAUGGGUCCGGGGCGGAGAGGGCGGCAGGGCGUCGGGCGGGCGUCGGCGUCGUCGUGGUCCCCCAUGCAGCGGGCCCGCAGGCCCGGGCGCGGCCGGGCGGAGGCGGAGGCGGAGGCGGGAGCGGCGCGGGAGGCGGCGCUUGGCGAGGCGGGCUCGUGGCUGCAGCGCGUGGCCCGCCGGGUCACCGCCGCCCCCCACCUGCGGGCGGCGCUGCAGGACGCGGGGCCGGUGUGGGUGCUGGCGGUGCAGCGCUACCUGGCCGAGCCCGGCCCGGCCCGCGCCCCGCCGCCGCCGCCGCCGCCUCCCCCGCCGCCCGGCUACUGCUACGACGUCACCCUGAGCGACGGGCUGUGGCAGGAGAAGUGCCACCUGGUCCCCGAGCUCAACGGCCUGGUGCAGAAGAACAUCCUCCGCGCCGGCAUCGAGGUCCGCGUGCGCACCGUGUCCUGCCUCUACAACGAGAAGAAGCUGGACACCGGCAUCCUCUGCCUGGAGAGCCUCGACUGCGGAGGGGCCGCCGCCCCCGACCCCCGCCAGGCCCCCUUCCGCCAGAAGGAGCAGGGCCGGAGGCCCGAGAGGCCCCUCAAGGGCGGCAGGACCCACUACCUGCCCCUCUGGAACAACGAAGACCCCUACGGGGACCUGUGGCUGGGGAGGAAGCAGCCCGACCCACGGCCCGUCGACGUGUCCAGAAUAACAUCCGUUGCACACCUUGAAAUGACAUGGAUGAGCCGAAUUAAUUUCAGCCCCUUGCUUGUAAGAAUCAUGUACAAAUCGAGACUGCGGUAUUAUGGGAAACCUGAAAAAAACCUGGAUGAACCGUAUCAGGCCUAUCUGGAAGUUGCUGACAGUUCCGGCAUGGUGUCUGUAAUUUUGUGGAACACCUUAUGUCCUGAGUGGUAUAACAGUUUGAGCGUUGGUACGGUUAUCCUAAUUCAGCAGUACACCAUCAAGAAGAGUUACCCGUUUAGAACACAGCCAAGCCUGGGGAAUUCACAGAUGAAGAGAAUUUCUACAAUUGAGAUCUGCUUGAACCUCCAAGAUCCUUCAACCAAAAUAAGUAUCAUUCCUGAAAACCUGGUGAAACCAGAGUGGAGAUUACCGGAAGUAAUGUACAAUUUCAUUGCAAGGUCAGAACUGGAUAAAUUGCCAAACAAUUACUCCUGUGAUAUUAUUGGCCUAGUAACUUUUGUAGGAAGGGCUCAGCGAACUAAGAAGAAAGAAAGCAGCGAAGAUUUUUGGUUAUAUCGCUGGGUCCAUGUUGUUGAUGGGACAGCAGAUGAACCAUUUAUCCUGGAAUUAUUUGCAACGUCACAGCCUGAUAUCUUUGAGCAUAUUCACCCAAUGACGUAUUUGGUGUGUACCCAGGUGAGAGUGGUGAGAGAUGACACUCAACCCCCUAAUACGCGUUACCUAACAACUUCAAAUGAGUCACAAAUUUUUAUUACUGGGUAUCACAAAGGCCAGCCUUACACCUCUGAUGCCAAAGUGAAAAGCUUCAUUCAGUGGACUAAAACCCAAAGUGAAAAUGAUCAGAUAAAGAAAACCAUCAUUGGUGGAUAUUACCCCUUCCCACCAGCUCCAGAUACAUUUUUGAAGUAUUGUAAUUGCAUUAAAGUUGAAUCAGUUUUGACAGCUUUAAGUGAAUUGAAGGGAAAGAUUGAAGCUCUGCACUACAGAGAGCAUAAGCGCAUUGCUAUUCAGGGGAUAAUCAGUGCUAUAAGAUAUGUCGGCUGUAGCAGUACCCCUGAAGAUGGCUCAGAAGUGGGAACAGUUCAGGAACAUAGCUAUCCUUCAAAAUCUCAAGCUGUAGAAGAAACUGAUUUUCAGUCAGAAGAAAGUGAAGUUCAGAAAGAAGACUCCAGGUGCCAUCAAGAUAAAGAAAUAAAAUUUGUUCUGAAUUCACAGGAAAAUGAUUUAGAAGAGCCACAUUAUCAAAGUUCAACAGCUAGCUGUAGUCCAGUUCAGAGAAAAAAGAUGAAGCAACGUCUGGGAGAUAAGUCAGCCCUUCCAACACAAGAAGAUAAUUGGGCAGAAGAAGAAAAUAGACUAACUGUACGAGAUACCUCUCAACUUUGCAGAGAUGAAGAAAGCAUGAAUGAUGAGCCUGCAAUAGAAGAAACAAGAGAACUGUACAGUGAAUCAUGGGAGAGUCAUCUGUGGACAGAGGUGAAAGAUAACUUAAUAGACCACCUAUCAUACAGCCACGUUCAUCCAGAAAGUAUCCCACGUAAAUUCGAUUAUGAACACAAAGAUUUUCUAAUGCAGCAAUAUAAUCUUCAUCCAGCAAAGUACCAGCCUAAACAAUAUAGCACAAAUAAAGAAAUUCAUGAAUUUAAAGAUGCCAGAGGCCUUGGACACUAUGAAAUCACUGUCCUAGGUCUAAACCAUAAGAUAGCAAUAGAUGUUGCAUUUCUACCUACUUUCAGUCUUGAAGAUCCCCAGUUAUCUGUGGGAGAGGACCUCCAUAGAGACAGUUUGUUAUCCUGCAUGGACUGGAACUCUGUUUCUCACUCAGAGACUUUCAGUAGUAAAAGGCUUCAAAGUGCCACUUCAUUCCCAGGUGAAAUUAUAAAAGCAGCCACUGACCUGGACAGAGUGCAUAUUGUCUGUAUACUGGAUAUUUGUCAUUUGGGUGAAGAUAGAGUGGAAGUCUUCCUGAACAAAAUUUAUAGGCCAGCGGACACUGCGUAAACUGAGACAUUUUAUGUGGUUCUAGAACUGAAUGGUAAAAUAAAUAGAAUUUUUAAAUUUUGUGCUUUCUCCUAGUGCCAAACAUUUCAAGUGCUAUAGAGAGAGUAUUGCAGUGGAAAAAUUCCAGUGGAGUGGGGAAUCUUAAAUACCCUUCUGUGAAAGAGUUUUAUGUGCAUUGAAAAAGGAUUUUUUUGGUUUGUUUAGUCAUAAUGUGUUUGUGUCAUAUAUGUACAGUCCCUUUGGAACAACUCUUUGUGAAGACAAAUCACAAAAAGCACUAUAAUAGUCAGUAGUGUGUCUUUGAUUUUUAUUUCAUUAUUUAAGUGUAAUAAUUCCAAAGGAAAACUCGUACCAUCAACUCUUCACAAGAUACAGUAGUUUAUCAACAACUUGUGAAAUGAAAUGUUCUUCACAUUCCAGGGGAAUAUGUAAUUAUAUUCCUGAAAGCUACAGUUUAAGGCAUGCUUGACUGUCAGCCUUAAUUCAUAGUUGAAAGUGGCAUGCAGCUUGCCCUUCAGCUCAUAUUGGCACAGAGUGUUGAGGGUUCAACUGCCAGUCAAGUGCUGAUUUUGUAGCUAGACGAUUUCAUCUUGGUAGGGGGCUAAUAUGCACCUCUCACAGUCAAAGUUGAUUUCAGCUCUUUCAAAAAGACAUUGAAAUCCUACUUGAUGAAUUUCAAAAGGUUUUGUUAAGUGUAGAACCAAAAGCCAGUUACUGUGAUAUCCUUUUCAAAGGACACAUUUUAAUGUGUGUAAAAUGUUUCAGUGUUAGAUUACCCUUUGGGGUUGCUAAAAUGUGCUAUGUGAUUUAUAAUUAUAAAAAUAUUUGUUCUUUCUGUAGAGUAAAGUGUGUAAAUAUUCAAAGGAGAUGGAGGACUGCUAUUCUGGGCAUCUAUGCUGUUUUUAAUUUUUAAAGUAUGUGAUACAAUCCAAAUUUUAGUAGGCUCAUGUGUGAAUUAAUCCAGCCCAGUUGCAGAUUGCUUUAUUUCAAGGUGAAACUAAUUUUCAGUUAAAGGAAUUACUUCAAAGAGAAGUUAUUUUUA